GGAUACCCCCGAACAUAACGCAUAUGCAUUGUACUCGGGUUAUCGAAAAAAAUCGAUGGCUUGAAUGGAACACAUGUCCAUGUUGUACUCGGAUAUAAGGGCUGUUCGAAUAGAACACAUAUGUGUUGUAUCUGUAUAGAAAGCCUGUGUGUUGUAUUCGUUUACAACACAUAUGUGUUAUGUUUGGGGGAAGACAGUAGGCUAGGGAGGGUACUGGGACUGGUUAAGAAACCGGCUGUGCAUUAGUUCUUGUUGCGACCAGGAACUGGCUAUGACGGGUAAGCAGCGACUAGGAAGAUAUAAAGGUACUACAGGGAGUACGUACGCCAUCCAGUUACCUGUGGGAUCUGUUGAAUUGGCAUAUGGGAGAGGGGCCAAUGCCAGAACGGCCGUCGAUGCUCAAGAAGGUUCAUGCAGUGGAUGUGAUAGUGUGGAUUGCCCCUUGACAAGUCCUAGAGCUCAGCCAGGCGAAACGCAGACGGAUAAUCCUCUUCAUCAGCAAUUUGGCGGCUACCACAAUGUCGUGGUUGGUAGAGAACUUCAGAUCGUUGAUGUGGAGUUCGUGAGACAACUCCAGCACAUCCCGAUGGGUUCUGCUCCGGGUGAUUUCCUCGAUGCGAUUGUCGUCGGGAUUGACCUCCUUGUCACAAAGUUGGGGCCAGCGGCAAAGGGCAACAAGCGAUUGUACAUGAUAACCGAUGCGGAAGCGAAGUCGCGCGACCCGGAGGAAGGAACCCUAGAGGAGCAAGUGGAGCAGGUUGCCACGGCGAUGGCGGAGAAAGGCGUAAAGCUGGACGUGAUGGGUAUGCGUCUUGGAAAAGAAAUGACGUCAUCCAUUCGGUCAGAGGCCAGCCUGCAGAAUGAGCUCCUGCUACGCCGGCUGCUCAAGGCCGCCGGUGGGGAGAUUCAGACCGUUGAAAGCGCCGCCUCCUUGAUGGGAUCCGUGAAAGUCAAGGUCGUCAGACCAGUAACGACAUACCGCGGCGAUCUCGAGAUUUCGCCCAUUAUGAAAAUCAAGGUUUGGGUGUACAAGAAGAGCUAUCUGCAGAGAUUCCCUACGCUCAAGCCGUAUUCCGACCACGCUCCGGCAGCUGACACAACGGCGUCGCACACUGUGACCCAUUCGAAAGAGUACGUUAACAAGGAGAAUCCAGGAGUAGUUGUACCCCCAGAGGAAGUGAGAAAGGCGUAUAAGUACGGGCCGCAGAUCAUUCCCGUCGACAAAGAAGACGAAGAAACGUUGGUGCUACAUUCGGAAAAAGGGGUGAAGGUCAUAGGCUUCACAGAUGCAGCAAGUGUGCCGAGGCACCAGUAUAUGAAGGAUACCAAUGUGUUCGUCCCAGACCCUAACAACGCGAAAGCGGCAGUGGCGCUUUCGGCACUUGCACGUGCUCUUCAUGCCAUGGGCAAAGUUGCAAUAGUCCGCUGCGUAUGGAGGGCAUCCAGGAGUCCGAUUGUUGUCGGUGUUCUCACGCCACAUCUCGGUCAGAAGGAAAACGAUCCUGAUACGCUUCUGUUCAACGUUCUUCCAUUUGCGGAAGAUAUUCGGGAGUACACAUUUCCAUCCCUCACUUCAUUUCCCCAAGAAAUUCUGCCGACAGAGGCUGAGAUCGCUGCAGCAGAGAAAUUGAUCUGCUCAAUGGACUUAGCGACUCGGGGACGAGAAGAGGCGCUCCGUCCAGAAACGACUCUCAACCCGCUCUUGCAGAGGUUUUACUGCUUUCUGGAAAAUAAGGCGCUGCGUGGAGAAGCAGAGGUGCCCCCUGUCGAGGAUUACAUGAGGGCGGUUCUUGAACCGGACGCUACUCUUCUCGAAGAAGCUAAAGAAGCUACAGAGCUGAUGAGCAGUCAGUUUGCAGCUCUCCCUGCUCCACAGGAGCCAUUCAAGUUUAAUGAAUUUCUGCGGCAUUUGCGAGAAAUGUGCUAUGGGAAGCAGUAUAAAGGUUUCUGGCAACCAAUUGUUGAUGCUCGUCUUACACUGAUCAAUCAGGAUGAAGCACCUGAUAGCGAUGUAUCUGCUGACGAAGCAGCAGCAUUUUUUGCGCACAGAGAGAUAAGAAAUGCGGACGCUGUCCAACCAAUGGAAGACGACGAUGUCGACGAGAUGGCGGCUCUUCUAAUGUGAUGGUAAUGGCAUACGCCAGUGGCAAUCAGGGCCAGACAUAAAAUUUUCCUGACCCAGACAGAAUUCCUGAGUAUCAAUCCAGGCAGCAAAGUACACUAUCCAUCAUUUUCGUAUCAACUACAUGCAUCUACUAUUGGCCGAUCUUUUCGAAAACGGUCGAUCAAUGGUUGUAGGGCGUCAUUGCCAACUCCAAAAUGUGAGCGAUGGGAAGGUGAGGCGUGAUUUGGACGAAUAUGCCGGAGAAGGCAUGUGGUGAUACAAGUGGAAUAGAGGUUUUGUAUAACAAUGAGAUUAAUAAUUGACGGUCCAGCCUUCCAUGUGGAUGCCAGCACGUCACCCACAGUGAGAUGGGUAGUGGCAUGUGAUGCUGUGUGAAGAGGUUCUCCUCCUCUAAGAAACAAAAAAAAAGGAUUCUUGUUUCUCGUCUGACUUGACAAUGAGAGCUGCAGCAACUCCUUCGUCGUCGUCGUCGUCGUCGUUGUAGUUGUCGUUGAGAUGUGAAAAGGUGGUGGUUUUUGCCCUUCGAUAGUUGUGACCGCAUCUACCCGUGUGUUGUAUUGAAUCUGGACGGAUUUAGGUCAGAUAUGCAUAGAGGGAACCCCCAAUGGCAUCUUUUGCCACUCAGUAGCUGCGUUGUUCGGAAGAAGUUUGAAGAGCUACAAGUGUCCGCACAAUUGCACUUUUCCAAUGCGUAUCCAACCCAAAUGCUGUCCAGAUUCGGUCGAGAAAGUGCUCGUGUAAGUAUGCUCUUUUAAGAAUGUGAGAUGCGAUGAGGGUGUCUGUGCCUCGUCGAUAUGCCUCUCCGCCUGCCUGCCUGCAAAAGAGUAUGCUGAGCUCACAUUUUGCUGCGGCGGCGGAUGUUGGACGCGGGCUGCAGGGAGGUGUCUGUUCGAAUUCCAACGUGUAUGGAUAAACAGAUAUACGAAAU